UAUAGCUGCUGGCACCGUCUCGUUAUUUAAAUGUGGACAUCUUUACAUGCCAGGGGCUGAAGUUGUAGAUCAGUAUUCGGAGGUGAGGGAUCUCAUGAAGUAUAAUGAUGAAGGUAAACGAGGGAGCCGCCGCUCUGUGCGCGUCCACAGUAAAGACGCUCUCCAUGGUAUCGGACGUGAGACGUUAUGUGAUUCCACCAUGAUGGCUGUUUUCAGGAUUUUCUUUUUGUUGCAUAAUUCAAUACAUUUUUUGAGACCGUCUGCGUGACAAAUAAUUAAUUGCAGAUUCCCCAACAUAAUAUAUGGUCACCCUUAUCUGCCUUAAUAUGAGCUCAUUCGUGGGUUGUCUCUGGACCUUGACAAUAUAAACGAAUCAUUUCGAUUUAAGCUUGGACAUUAUAUGGACAGUUGAUGUCGCUAUGGAGAACUCUCAGACCCACAGAGUGUCGUCAGUACGAUACCCAGACUCCUCCUCUGUAUGACGAGGUGGCCGUUGUCCACUACAGCUUUGUGUGGAGGAACACAAAUGACGAGGAAGCAGCGAGGGAAGAGCUGUGCGCUAUAGUCAGCAAUCUAGUCCUAAACGUUCGUGUAUCGUAAUGCGUAUGUUGUUGUUAUCCGGAUUCAUAGUGGCUUAGAAAUGGAAUACCGAUUCGGAUUUACAUCGCUUUGGAUACAAAUAUGUGCUUUACUGUUUUUUGCCGACUGGUCAGGAGCUCAGCUUUCCUAUUCUGUACUGGAAGAGGUAGACAAAGGCUCCGUCGUGGGAAACCUCGCUAAGGAUUUAAACAUUGAUCUCAAAGAUUUGGAAUACAGAGAAUUGCGGGUUUUGCCAGGACACUCAGAGAACUAUUUUGGAGUUGAAUCAAAAACCGGUGCGCUUUAUGUUGGUGAAAGAAUAGAUCGCGAAGAGCUCUGUCCUGGCCUGGUUAAAUGCUCCUUGAAUGUUGAGGCUAUGUUGAGCAAUCCGGUGCAUUUGCAUCGCUUAGAGGUUAACAUUGUGGAUAUUAAUGAUAACGCUCCAUUUUUCCGUGAGAAGCUGAGGAUAUUAAACAUUUCGGAAUCCUCUUCUUCUGGUGAAAGAUAUCUACUCCCAAUGGCCAAGGAUGCAGAUACAGGCAGCAACUCCAUUAAGAGCUACAGACUGAGCCAGAAUGAACAUUUCUCACUGGAUGUACAGACCGGUGACGACCAGGCUGUUUCCGCAGAUUUAGUGUUGCAGAAAGCUUUAGACCGAGAAAAGCAGUCCGUCAUCAACCUUGUUUUAACCGCUUUCGACGGAGGAAAGCCACAUAAAUCAGGGACUCUGAAAAUUGUUGUAAACGUUAUGGAUGUGAAUGAUAACACUCCCAUAUUUAGCCAAACUCUUUACAAGGCCCAGGUAAAUGAAAACGCUCCAUCUCAGACAUCCAUAUUAACAAUAUCUGCGUCAGAUUUAGACGAGGGAAUAAACGGCGAUAUUAUCUACUCGUUUAUCGAAAGGGGGGAUUUUAAUCCAGACCAAGUAUUUUCGAUUAAUUCACAGACUGGGGAAAUAACGGUAAAAGGCAAACUCGACUUCGAGAUAAACCCUGCUUAUGACAUCCGUGUACAGGCGAAAGACAAAGGCACGCCGUCUCGUAGUGUGCACGGCAAAGUGCUGCUGGAAGUAAUCGACGUAAAUGACAACAUUCCGGAGAUUAUAAUCACGUCUCUUAUGAGCCCAGUAAAAGAGGAUGCUCAGUUAGGGACGGUGGUCGCUCUCGUUACGGUGAAUGAUAAAGACGGCGGAAGUAAUGGUCUCACUAAUUGCAAAAUAUUAGGAUCAGUGCCAUUUAAAUUAAAACUAAAUUACAAAAAAUAUUAUUCAUUGAUUGUGGAUGGGCCGCUCGAUAGAGAACAUACCUCUGAGUAUAGCGUCACCAUCAUAGCCAGUGAUGAAGGGAGUCUGCCUCUCUCGAGCACUAGUGUUAUCGCUGUCCACGUUUCUGACGUGAAUGAUAACGCGCCUCGAUUCCCAGAUCCAGUCAUUAGUGUUUAUGUGAAGGAGAACAGUCCAUUGGGAGCUACUAUCUACACCAUCAGUGCACUGGACCCUGAUACAGAUGAUAAUGCAAAAGUAUCGUACACACUGUUAGGGAUUGUUUCAAAAAGUACUCUGAUUUCAUCCGUUGUUAACAUCAACUCAGUGACGGGAGAUAUUGUGAGUCAGCAAUCCUUUAACUUUGAAGAGGUUAAAACGUUUCAAAUAAAAGUCAAAGCCACCGAUGAUGGAGUUCCACCCCUUAGCAGUAACCUGACAGUCAAUGUUUUAAUCCUGGAUGAGAAUGACAACAGUCCUGGUAUUUUACCCCCCUAUUCUGAACACAGCUCCGUUAACAGUGAGAACAUUCCCUACUCGGCGGAAGCAGGAUAUUUUGUGGCUAAAAUCAGGGCCGUAGACGCAGACUCUGGUUACAAUGCACUGCUUUCUUACCACAUCUCUGAACCCAAAGGAACCAAUCUCUUUCGGAUCGGAACCAGCACCGGUGAAAUCAGGACUAAGAGACGGAUGAGUGACAAUGACCUGAAAACUCACCCGUUGGUGGUGUUGGUUUGUGAUAACGGGGAGCCCUCCCUGACAGCUGCUGUGUCUAUUGAUGUUGUUGUGGUUGAAAACACAGGAGACCUUCAGACUCAGUUCAGACACGUGCCGCUAAAGGAGGACAGCUUCUCUGCUUUAAACCUGUAUUUGCUGAUCGCCAUUGCGUCGGUGUCAGUGAUCUUUCUACUGAGUCUCAUCAGUUUAAUAGCAGUCAAAUGCCACCGGACAGACAACAGUUUCAGCAGGUACAGCGCCCCAAUGAUCACCACCCACCCUGACGGGAGCUGGUCUUACUCUAAAUCUACUCAGCAGUAUGACGUGUGUUUCAGCUCAGACACACUGAAGAGUGACGUAGUAGUGUUCCCUCCUCAAUUCCCGCCUGUUGAUGGAGAACUGAUCAGUAUAAACGGAGGAGACACUUUAAGCAGAACUCGGACUUUGCCCAAUCACGAGAAGGUAUGUUAAGUGCUAAUCAGCCACACUUUUAAUUUGAUUUAAGAGGUUAAAUAUAAUAUAUGUGUCCCGUCUUUGCAA